AGUCAACACCGUGUGGACCAUCUUUUUAUUUUAUCAUUCAAUUCUAAUCCAAAAUUUGACAUUGUUUCUUUUCUUUGAUUAUUCUGAAUAGAGAUCCAAUUAUUUCUUUACUUGCGAAAAUCUGGUUAUUUCUUCAUCCUUUUUUCCCUUUUCAUUUGUUGCUUUGCUGAUAUCAAAUUUUUGGAGAGAGUGAACAUGGCAGACGCACUUCUUUCAGCCCUUGUCACUGCCAUAUUGGACAACUUAAAGUCCUUGUCCAUGGAGAAGAUCGGACUUGCUGGGGCUUUCAAAAAAGAGUUCGAGAAUCUGGAGAGUACUUUAACUACAAUCCAAGCUGUUCUUCAAGAUGCAGAGGUGAGGCAGUGUAAGAGUGAAGCUAUCAGGAAUUGGCUUGGAAAGCUCAAAGAUACGGCUUAUAGUGUGGAAGAGGUACUAGAUGAGUUCAAAACAGAAGCUCUAAGACGUAGCCUGCUUAAGGAUGCAAUAAGCCAAGUAAGCACUUUCUUUUCCCUUCAGAAUCCACUUUUGUUUCGCUUAAAUAUGGCACGUAAAUUUAAGACUGUAAGGGAAAAAUUAGAUGCCAUUGCGGGGGAGAAAAACAAGUUCCACUUGAGAGAGGGGCUGGGGGAAGUAGAAAUUCAACGUAGAGAGGAGAGACAAACAAGCUCCCUUGUGAUAGAAUCAGAAGUAUAUGGCAGAGCAAAUGAGAAGGAACAGAUAGUUAGUCUGUUACUGAACAAUUUAAGUCACCAUGAUGAUCUCUCUGUUUACGCAAUCUGCGGAAUGGGAGGUCUUGGAAAGACAACAAUUGCUCAAUUGGUCUACAAUGAUGAAAACGUGAGAAAAGCUUUUGAUUUGAGAGUUUGGGUAUGUGUAUCUGAUGAUUUUGAUAUAAAAAGGUUGACUAAAGCCAUUGUGGAAUCAAUUGAAGGGAACUCAUGUAAUAUCCAAGAGCUAGAUCCUCUGCAACGUCGCUUAGAAGAAAAGCUCGUUGGGAAACGAUUUUUGCUCGUACUAGAUGAUGUGUGGAAUGAAUACCAUGACAAGUGGGAUGGACUGAAGCAAGCACUACGACGUGGAGUGAAAGGAAGUACAGUUAUUGUCACUACUCGUAUUGAGAAAGUUGCUCUUAUGAUGGCAACAGUUAAUCCUGUUUGCCGCUUGGGAUGUUUGUCAGAUGAUGAUUCUUGGUCCUUAUUCAAGGAACGAGCAUUUGGGAUGGGAAGGAAUGAGGAUAAUGUGCACUUGGAAACAAUUGGGAGGCAAAUAGUGAAGAAAUGCGGAGGCGUGCCGCUGGCACUUAAGGCCAUCGGAAGCAUAAUGCAUUUAAAAAGUCAGGAAAGUGAGUGGUUAAAUGUCAGAGAUAGCGAGAUAUGGGAUUUGGAAGAUGAGGGAAGCAGAAUCUUAGCUGUUUUGAGGUUAAGUUAUGAACAUCUACCACCUUAUUUGAGGCAAUGCUUUUCAUUUUGCUCUAUAUUUCCUAAAGAUCAUGUCAUGAGCAAGCAGGAGCUGAUAGAAUUAUGGAUGGCAAAUGGAUUUAUUCCUUCCAGAGGACCAAUGGAUUUGCACGAAAUGGGUUGUGAAAUCUUCGAUGAAUUAUCCUGGAGGUCCUUUUUCCAAGAAACGAAAGAGGAUAUUUAUGGAAAUGUCAUGUGUAAAAUGCAUGAUCUCAUUCAUGAUGUUGCAACAUCGAUUAUGAGACAUGAGUGCUGUGUUAUUGAGCCCAAUGAGAUGUUGAAAAUACCAAAAACUGCUCGUCACUUGUUUGUUUAUAGUAGUUCAUCCUCAACCAUUGUGGAAGUACCCAAGUUGCAACCAUUGCGUUCCUUGAUCCUACGCACUGAGUUCAGGUCUGGCAUUAAGCUCUCUAAUCAAAAGUAUCUGAAGGUGUUGGAUUUAUGGGGUCAUUUUGAGGAUAUUGUAGAUGAUUAUCUUUUGAAACAUCUAAGGUAUCUAAACCUUUCAUGGUAUGGCAUCGAAAUUCUACCUGAAUCAACAAGUGGCCUUUAUAACUUGCAGACACUAAAAAUCAGGCAUUGUCAUAGACUUCGGAUGUUACCGAAAGGAAUGAAGAACUUGAAAAAUCUUCGAUACCUGUACAUCACUGGUUGCGACCAACUUACUUGUAUGCCUGUUGGAUUGUCAAAUUUGUCAUGCUUGCGCAAGCUAGACAUCUUUAUUGUGGGAAUGGACAAGGGUCUUGGUAUUGACGAGUUAAAAGAAUUGGCCCUUGAGGGGGAAUUGAGCAUCAAAGCACUUUACAAUGUCAAAAGUUCAGCAGAAGCUAAAAGUGCCAAUUUGAUAAAAAAGCCAAAUUUGAGAUCAUUAAGCUUAUCUUGGCAAGCAAACGAUAAGGAGAACUCUCAACAUGAAAAUGCUGAAGAGAUUCUGAAUGGUCUCCAACCUCAUUCAAGCUUGAAAAAGUUAUGCAUAACUGAUUACCAAGGUUUGAGGUUUCCAUAUUGGAUGAUGGAUCUGCUUCUACCAAACCUAGUUGAAAUCUCACUACAGAAAUGUGAAAGAUGCGACCAACUUCCACCUCUUGGGAAAUUACGCUUCCUCAAGGAACUUCGUAUUUGUGGAAUGGAUGCUCUGAAGUCUAUUGACAGCAACUUCUAUGGGGAUGGGGAGAGUUCUUUUCCAUCACUCGAGAAGCUCGAAAUAUGUCAUGCACAAUGCUUGGAGGAAUGGGCAACAAUUAAUGGGAGAGACAAUUUUCCUCUCCUAAGUUCAUUAAGAAUCAGUUAUUGUCCCAAAUUGGUUAAACUGCAAAUGGUUCAAUCCGUAAAACAUCUAGACAUUGAAGAAACUAGUGUUACUUUACUCAGGUCUGUGAUAAUGAAUGCCACUUGUCUUACCUCUCUCAGAAUUGGUUUCUUCCAUGAGUUAACGGAUUUACCUGAUGGACUAUUGCAAAAUCAGAAGCACCUUGAUAGGUUGUGGAUUUCUUCAAGUAAUCUAAAGUCUUUAUCAAAUCAGUUGGAUAACCUAUCGGCUCUUAAACACUUGCAACUUGAUUGCGGCUCGAAACUUGAAAGCUUGCCAGCAGGACUACAAAGCCUUAGCUCUUUGGAAACUUUGAGAUUAAAUCAAUGUGAUAGCCUUGUAGCCCUUUCGGUAAAUGGAUUGCAUGGCUUAUCCUCCCUUUCUUCACUGUGGGUUCAAAAUUGUAAGAAAUUAGCCUCUUUAUCUGGGGGUAUGCGAUAUCUGAUUUCACUCCAAGACAUGCAUAUCAGUGUAUGUCCAGAGUUAACCUCAUUGCCAGAAAGUAUCCAACAUCUCUCUUCUCUUCGAUCUCUUAGGAUUUGGUAUUGUGAGGGAUUAAUUUCUCUGCCAAAUGAGAUACAACACCUCGCCUUGCUUUCAGAAUUGGAGAUCGGCUAUUGCUCCAAUUUGAUGUCUUUGCCCCAAGGGAUGCGGAGCCUCACGGCACUGAAAACGUUGCGGAUUGAAGGAUGCCCACAUCUGGAAAAGCGGUGUAAGCAAGAGAGAGGAGAGGAUUGGCCCAACAUAGCCCACAUUCCGUCCAUUGUGAUCGAGUCUGGUGAAGAAAUAACAAGCUCCAGGAAUCGUGAUUGGACGUGUGGCCUCUCAAGGAAAUUUUAAAAGCUCAGUCGGGUUCAUGAAUAACAAGGAACAAACCUGAUGAGAGAUGAAUGUUGCAAAGUUGUUUAGUGCCAGAGCCGUGCAUCAAUGCUGUGAUAUGAGGUUCAACAUUGUCUGGGCAGUGUACCUUGCAUCUACUUUAACUUGUUAUAUUUUAAUAUCUUUCUGCAUGUGAUAUUGGAUUGGUCUUUGAUGAUUGAACAAUCAUUUUAGCGUGUCAAUAAGCAAAUUUGAUUUCAUAUGGAUUUGUGAUUGUGUUCAAUUGGUGUUGUUCACUUGUUCUAUAAAAACACAUUACUGUUUAUAUUCUAUUCAAAGUUGAAUUCUGUGUGCUUCAAUGUGAAUUUCUUUACAUUGGCCUUAACCUCAUGAUUCUUCUCUAUCUUUUAUUUCUGAUAUUAGUAGAAUUUAGUUCAAUUUAGCCUUUAAGAUAUUUGGAACUUUUCUUCAUUCAUUUGGUUCUUGCAAGCUCAUUUUGCAACAAAUUUUAAGGCCUUAAUUUCUUUGUUUCUAGCAUGAAAUAAGUGAAAGUUGAAAACAAGUCAGCAUGUUGUAGAAAAAUUUCCCUUUCUGAGAGUGAAGUACUCUGGUCCCAAACUCAGCAACUUGUUAUCCUGGCUCAGGACUCUGAUAAUCAAAUGGUUUUCAACCAGCUCUAGUUUAGAAAUAUUAUUUUGCUUUUAGUGAUAUUUUGUUUCUGCAGCAACUUCUGAUCCAGGACUCUGAUAAAUUUGUUUUUACUAAAAAGUUUUCAAUUUUGUAUGCCAAUUGACCGGGUGCAACUGUUUUGAAUGCAUCAGAUGGGCAUCUUUAUAAUGAAAUAGGACUAUGUUUGUUGUACAGAUGAGGUGAAAGGCUUGAACGGAGGAUACUUAGAAUAAUUGAAAGCUCAUCAUUUUGUUGAAUUGAUGUUUGAUGAUUCUUUGAGUGUGUCAAUAAGCAAGUUUGAUUAUUGUAGUGGUUGUGUUGAAUUGGUGUUUUCGUAUAGAACACACUAUUCUAUUUAUUUAAAUCAACAUUAAAAUGCCGAAUUUGAAUUUCUUUGCAUUGGACUUUACCUAAUAAUUUUUCUUUCUUUUAUUUCAGAUGUCAGCAGAGCUUAGUUAAAAUUAGCCUCUUAAGAUAUUUGAAAAUUUUCUUCAUUCUUUUAUGUUUUUGCAAGCUGUUUUUGCUACAAGUUUAGAGAACAUUUCAAUCCCAGAAGACGAGUUUAGCUUCUUAAUUCAUAUGGUCUUCUUAAUUUUGCUUUACCCUGUUUCAGGAUAUGAAUCUAGCAGAAAAUAUAUUUCAUGGGGUAAAAAUAAAAUAUAAUAAAAGGCAGAUAAAAUGUGAAUUCAUUGAUGAGAAUUGAGACUGGGGAAAAUGGAUUAAGUAUGAGUGCUUUUUAGUUGCAUUCCAGCGCCAGGAUGGUUAGCUUAGAUUUUAUCAGAAAAAUAGCAGAAAUGGUUGCCCCAGGAAUAAUGACAUGGAAUUGCUUGGAUGGCACUGGCGCAUUUGUCCCUCAGAGCACAGCUCUCUCAGCCCCAAUCUAGUUUGUAGCUUUUUCGGAACAACCCAUUCUCACCUGCAGAUGUUCCCUGAAAUAUUCUCUCCCUUGCCUUCAUUGCCUGCAUAACCAUAUAUACAUUUAAAUCAAGUAACCAGGCCUAAGAAUAACUCACUUCUUACCAAUAGAAAUAUUUUCUUGGAAUCAAAUGCUUCAAAGAAAGAACCUGCUUCUUCCAAUUUGUAAAAGCAAUCACAAGAGCAAGAAGAAUCCCUUGAACACUAGACCGUGUCAACAUUCCAACCCAUAGGCCUUGUCCUCUUAAAUGCAUAAUAAGCCCACAUAAAACCCCUGCUGGAAUUCCAAAGAGAUAACAUGCCGUAAGAUUGGCAUAAGCUCCAAUAUGUUGCCAGCCAAUUCCUCUGACAAUUCCUGGGUCAAAUAUCAAAUUAGUAUUAUUAUUAGAGAAGCAGUUUCAUCAUCAUGUAGUAUUUCUUCAAUAUUUUAGCUUCAAUUAACCAAGUAACUGUAAAUUAUGCAAGUUCAUGAACAAAAUUGUUUGGCAACUGUGAGCAAGCUACUGCAUGUAAACCAUCCAUAGUCAGUGAGAGGAACACUAGAGGAAGUAUUUGUGUGACUUUAGUUACAACAUCCUUUUCAUUGCUGUAAGCAUAUGCGAAGACAUGGCGGCAACAGAAAAGUGUCAUGCUUGCGAUGACUGUUUCAACAAGUGUAAGAACCACUGCAAUGAAGGUAGUUAUUUGGGCUGCCUGUGGAUUUUUAGCUCUAAUUCAUUUGAAAUUCGUGUACUGUAAGAUCGGAGACAGAAUGGAGAAAUUUCAGUGCAUCAAUGUUACAAAAACUUCACUUGGUAAGACAGAAAAGUGAGGAGAAAAUAAGAAAGCAGAUGAAUUUUAUUCAUACUUUUGCCUUUUGGUGCAGAAAUUACAUUGGUUUUUUCUUUUUAAAAUUUUUCAAUGCUACCAAUCAAUGCAUUGAAAUAAUACUAUUUACAAGCAGUUUUCUUGUCCCAUUUCUGUUUUUCCAAUUUGUCCAUCUUCAUUCUCAAGUAAAACAUUUAUAA